AUGGCUCUUCAGACUGCAAAGCGCGACCUGCGCAAGCGCAUGCGCGAGACUUUGUCGGCACUGUCGAAUACUUCAAUUGUACAGCAAUCUAACGUCGCUACGAGUGAAUUCCUCUCGCUAUCCGAGUAUCAGAAUGCAAAAAGCAUUGCUGUCUACCUGUCAAUGCCCAGCGGGGAGUUAUCAACCCGCAGUAUCGUGCAAGAUGCAUUCCAGCGUGGGAAAGACGUCUACAUCCCAUACAUUCACACGGUCGACAAGGUCUCCGUCAUGGACAUGCUAGCCCUCGAAUCUAUCACGGACUUCGAGUCUUUACAACCUGAUAAAUGGGGUAUCCCAUCUCUACAGCCUACGCAGGUUCCCGGUCGGCGAGACUGCUUCUCUGCCAAAGGCCUGGAUCUAAUUGUCAUGCCGGGUAUGGCAUUCGACUCGGGCUUUCGACGACUUGGACAUGGAAAAGGAUAUUAUGACCAUUUUCUCAAGCGGUAUUCUCAAUGGAGCAGCAAGAUGCCAUUCCUAGUGGCCAUGUCUCUCCAGGAGCAGCUGCUCGCCGAGGAUAUUCCCGUCAUGGAACAUGACUGGCUGAUCGAUGCCAUCGUGGUGGGUGAUGGGCGGUACCUGGACCGCAGGUCGUAGGUCGAACAAUCGACAGAAAGGUAUUAAGGAAACGAGAUCGAUGCGAGGUGUCGUGGCGUGAGA